AUGUUAUUCGCGAACUGCUACAGAAGACGGUUGCGGACCGGAAGACGACGUAGAACUAGUGAUGUGUUCUCGGGCCGGCAUGACGGCACGAGCGGACAGAUCGGACUGAUGCGUUCGGAAUCGGACUCGGUGCUGCUGUUGGCCGAGGACCGUCGCGUCGUCGGGACCGAACUCCCACCACCGCCACCACCGCCGCCGCGGGAACGCAGUGCCGACGGCGGCGGCGACGGCAGUGGCGACAAAAAAAAAAUAUGA